AUGUCGAGAGUCGGCGUACUUGUUCUGGGUCCUGCCGGUGCAGGCAAAAGUACCUUUUGCAAUUCUAUCAUAUCGCACAUGCAAACUAUUGGUCGGAGAGCCCACAUUGUAAACUUGGAUCCAGCGGCAGAAGCUACGCAAUAUGAAUUCACGAUAGACAUUAGAGAUUUGAUAUCCCUAGAUGAUGUAAUGGAGGAACUGCAUUUGGGACCAAAUGGAUCUCUAAUUUAUUGUUUUGAGUACUUGAUGAACAACUUAGAUUGGCUGGAGGAAGAAUUGGGCGAUUACAAUGAUGAGUACCUGAUUUUUGAUUGUCCAGGCCAGAUCGAGCUAUACACGCAUAUUCCAGUGCUUCCUGCGAUAGCACGCCAUUUACAAACGCAACUGAAUUUCAGCUUGUGUGCUACGUACUUGUUGGAAGCCCCAUUCGUGAUAGAUUCGUCCAAAUUUUUCAGCGGAGCGCUGAGUGCCAUGUCCGCAAUGAUUCUCUUAGAGCUGCCGCACAUCAACAUCCUAAGCAAGAUUGAUCAAAUCAAGGAUGACUAUAGCAAGAAGAAAUUGAAGCGGUAUCUGAACCCGGAUCCAACUCUAUUACUGGAUUCGACAAAUGAAACGUGGAAUCCAAGGUUUCAGAAACUGAACAAAACCAUAGCUAAUCUGGUAGAUGACUUUGGAAUGGUUCAAUUCUUGCCUCUGGAGGCGAAGAAUCCAGAAAGUGUUGCAACAAUUUUGAGUUAUAUAGACGACGUUACGCAAUGGGCCGAAGGUCAAGAACCUAAAGAACCCAAAGAGCAAACCGAAAUAGAGGACAUGUAG